AUGUGCUGGUGGUGCUGCAUGCGCGUGCUGGAAAAGUGUCUGCCACGGAACGACAUUGUGCGGGAGCUCGCGCCCUAUCUGCAGCACGUGCAUCAAGACGAGACAGUGGACGACGAGACGCGACGCGGCAAUGGCGACGCGAGCGGGCCGUGGGUGCGGUCGCAGUCGCCCCAAGGCGUCGACAAGGACUCGGCCACGUCGAGCGACUCGCUGCGCCACGCAAACGGGACGUACCCGCUGCGCCACAGUCUUGACUGUGAACUGAGUCUCCAGCCCGAGCACCGAAGCAGCACGUGUCGUCCGUUUGUGACGAAAAAUGUCGAGCCAUUAGAGACCCAAGCAGCUAAUCGUACUUAUCAGGAGUACGCGGCCACUGCAACGGUCCAGAAACAGGCGAACAGUCGCGGCGCGCCGGACGGGGGAUUGCCGACAGUGGACGGCAUGCGGACCAUGCUCCUGCGCGGCAGUAUACAGCAUCCAAGUCAAGAGCGGACGAACUCGACGCUGCUCCGGACGGAAGCGGAGAGUAAUGGCGGCAGUAGCACGCAGAGCUUGGAAGCGUCAGGGUCGGAGUAUUGCGGCACGGGGUCGAACGGGACUGGAGCGAUUGGCAAGAAGCCGUUGGUGUCGAAGAUUAAGACGGAUCUGGGCGACUUGACGCCCGUGAGGUGGGAGAAGGUGGUGAUUGUGCAGGUGUCAGUGCAGGGAUUCCGGGAGAUGACGAGUCAGGCGAAAGACUUGAUGGAAGAUGCCAAGCUCUUGUACGAGCACACGGUGCUGUCUCGCCUGGCGUCGGAGUAUGGCGGACAGGAGAUUUUGAGCCACUCGCGGUCGGGGCUCUUUGUCAUUGCGUUUGCCUCGGAAUUCCAUGCUGCCAAGUGGUGCUUAUCGCUCCAGCUUAGUCUGGUGUACGCUGCGUGGAACGACAAGUUGCUGAAGCAAUUUGACGAUAUGAAGGAGGUGUCGGUCACGACCAAUGGGAAAACAAAGAAGAACAUGCUGCUGUACCGCGGCUUUCGUGUUCGAAUGGUCAUUCAUACGGCCGACCCCGAUAUUACUCCAGAGCUGUCGUUAUGUGAAGCUGUGAAGUGGACCAAGACUGUGAGUGAAUACGCCCACGGAGGUCAGAUCGUGCUGAGUGACAGUGUGUGGGAUCGGUUGAAGGAGCAGCUUGUCCAGCUGGGCAACCCUGUGGUAGAGGACUUGGGUGGCCACGCAGUUUUAGGGGACGAAGUGCUACUGAUGCUGCUUUUACCACGGGAUCUCGAGUUGAGGCGCUUUCCGACCAUGAAAAGUCCGCAUCAGCUGUCCCUGGGUAUGCGAGACGCUCCAUCGGCACACAAGCCAGUGACGAUGGUAUUUACGUUUAUCGAAGGUGCUCGACCACUGGUCCGUUGUCAUGCAGAAGAGCUUGCGGACCGCAUCAAGAUAUUGUGUAUGGUAGCGCGUGAGUUACUGCGACAACACAAUGGCUACGAGUGUCAGGAAUUACAGGGGGACUUUAUGCUCGCAUUUUUCACACCUGCGAGCGCCAUUUUGUGGUGCGGUGAGUUUCAGAUACGCAUUCGGCAAAAGUUUCGUGAGUGGGAUCUUGAGAACGAGAAUCAGGAGCUGCGGUUUUCGAUGUCGAUGGGAAUCGAAACUGGCGUGCCAGCGAGCGUUAGUCCACACAAAACCAGUGGUCGCGCGGACUAUUUUGGCAACAUUGUGAAUCAGACGGCGCGAAUUGCCAAAGCUGCUCACGGUGGCCAGGUCCUUAUUGGUGGUGAUGCUUGGACUGCGUUUUGCGACGCACAAGCGAUUUGUCGUAGCCAGCAGCUUCUUGCAAAGAAUGAAGUGUUGAAGGACGUGCCAGGGUCGACGAUUUUCCAGUUUAAGUUUCAUGGAUAUUACAGCUUUAAGGGAAUCUCGAAGCCGAUUGGGCUUGUGGAAGCUAUUCCUAUUGACGUGCAACAGCCAGUGUCAGGCUUUGAGCUUGUGGCUCUUGUGCGCGGUCACGUUCCGAAGGCAAAGAAGAUUGAUGAUGCGAUUCUUGCUUUCCAAGACAAGACAGUUGUGCCGGACGUUCCGGCGGAGAUGGUUCGGUUGAGUCAUGGUGGCGAGCAGCCCAAUAACUCUAUCCGUGAGACGGAGUUCGACUUUAAUCUGUCAUGGAAUGACAGCAUCUUCGUGUUUGAAGAUAUUGACGAAGAAGAUGGUGAUAUAGAAGGAGAAGGACAGGGGCGCAACGACCAAAUGGUUUGCGGCAGCGUCGCUCUCGCCAUGCGGAAUAGCACGUUGAACCACUCGCAGCUCAUGGCAGUGUUGAGGUCGUCGGGCACGGAUGGCUCCAUUACGCCGUCUCAGCGAGGUGUUGCUACCCCUUCUCGGACCGAAGACAUGAGUCGAGUAUAA